CACGUCAACAAACCAGAGAGGGGAACCAGAGAAAUCUCCCCUUGGAAGGGAAGCGAGCGACGAAGUAAAGAAAGAAAUCGAGGAGGCGAGACGUGAACUGUCGUGCGCUCUUGAAUUUUUUUUCAAUUCUUUUAAAAAAAAUUGGGAGUGAUUUGUCUGUUGCUCUCGAUCGAUUGAGAGGGGGAAGAAGGGGAAAGCAAGAGGACAAAACGGCCUCGCGCUUUCUCCAGUUUCUUCCACUCAACCAAGGGGAAUCCCACCGCUAGGGCUCUGCUGCUCUCUGUUGCCCAUCCAAGAACGCACAAAUCUUGCUUCCACCUCUGUUCCGAUCGGCGGCGGCGCAUGCUUCGUCUUGCUCCGUACAGCAACAUGACCAUUCUAGACAACCUGCAUCAUUGAUGUCCUUAUCUUCAUGUUGUUAUGACUGAUUCUUGCUACGGCACAGAGGAAUCUGCAACGGAGAUAUUGCAUUAAGAUUACUGGGUGCUUCUUUGCUGAACUGCUCUAAAUUAAAUGGGGGAAGCAGGCUCGGAUCAAUUUUGCCAUUGUCAGGGCUGUCUUGGCAAGUAUACAUUGCUCAGAGAUGAAGAAAACCCACGGCUGGCAAUGUUUGAAAGACGACUUCCUUGCUUUGGUUGUGGUAUAGGAUGGUCCUCUUUCCUUUUAGGUUUCUUGUGUCCGUUGAUCUGGUACUAUGCAGCAACUCUUUACUGCUGUAAGUACUACAACAAAGAUCCCCGAGAGCGCCCUGGUCUUGCUGCAUCGGCGGUUGCGGACAUCAAACUCCUUGGUGGUUGAUGUAAUUGUGUUGAUCUGGAGUCCCAUGUUAAGAGCGGCUAUCUUCACAACCGCGACAAUCAUCACCCUCACCACAAUGCUGAUAAUCUGUGUAUACAAAUGACAUCUGAAGCUUGCGAAAACAGGGCUGGAGGAUCCUCGAUUGAGAGACUUGAGACAUUCAGGAUGGACAUGUGAUUUUAGUGAUUGCAGCCAAUUUUAACCCAUCAUAUACCACAACGUUGUACUUGAUCGAAACACGGUAGUAGCUUCGUCUGCUGCUACCUUUUGGUUAUACUGUAUUAAUGUUCAUUAUUAUUAUUGUUACUGCUGUCACUAACUCUGAGCUCGCCCGGCUUCAUUUUUACACAAGCUGUCAAAAUUUCUAUGGAACAAUUAUACACCCCUGCAGCAUCCUGCCCCAAUUUUGCGUGUCACGACCAGAUAUUCAGAUAUCAAAUGGCAUGUAAAAUUAAUGUCUAGAGUUUA